UGAUUACGUCAAUACCGAAGUCUAAGUAUAGGCACAGGGAACCAACGAAUUGAUAUUACAAUGUAUCCUGUGAUUGUGGAAAUGUUGUGAAUCGUCAGGAAAAUGUCGUGAAAUGAAAUCUAAAGCGUUACCAGAUGCAAUGGAAUAUCAGACAGAAGAGGCCCAGAGGUUGAUUGAAGAAGUUAAAAGGAAAUUUUUUGAUAAAGGGACACUUCUCAAUCAGUUUGAUGAAAGAGAUAUUGAGCGAAUAAAUAAUGAUGAUUUGUAUGUGUGGCUGUUUAUUAAGCACAAGCAAAAGGAUGUUGACAAAGCCAUUGACAUGAUUGUUGAUUGUCUUCGAUGGAGGGAAUCCUUUGGAAUAAAUGACUUGCUGGAAAGAAAUAUUGAUAGAAGAUUGUUCGAGAUUGGUUUUUUGUAUGUCCACAAUUUUGACAAAAAUGGACACCCACUUGUUCUUUUUCAUACAAGACUUUAUCGUAAAGAUGCCCACAACCCAAAGGAAGUUAAAAAGCUUGUAGCCUUUGGCCUCGAGAAACUGUCUAGAGAACAUCCUGGUGGAAAGGUGACUUUAAUCUUUGAUAUGCAGGAUUCAAGUUUGGCAAACAUGGACAUGGACUUGAUUAAAUUCUUGAUUACAAAUUUCCAAGUGUAUUAUCCAUGUAUGCUGGAAUAUUUAAUCGUUUUGGAAAUGCCUUGGAUAUUGUCAGCUGCUUGGAAAAUCGUGAAGACAUGGUUGAGCACUGAAGGGAUUUCAAAAAUAAAAUUUGUAAACAAAACAGAAAUAGUUGCACAAUACGUGGAUGCAGACCAGCUGUUAAUAGGGAUGGGUGGAACUGACGACUUUAAAUACCAGUAUCCACCUCAAUUGGCAAAUGGAAAGAAAGAUACAAAAAGCAAGCCAAGCAGCAAUGCCCCGAUUGAAAACAAUCAAGAUUUGGAAUUCAGCAGCAUAUCAGUGUCAAUGAGCACAGACAUACAUGGUAAACCAGUGAAUUCAUCAGAUGCGUUUGAGUUGCUGACAAAAACUGGUGACGAUUCCUCAUCAGAACUUCUAUUGUCAGACAGCAUGAGAUACCGGGGCAAAAAUGAAGACAUAACUAAAUCAACACAACAGAAGCAUAAUAGAAGGAGAGACGAAACUUCUAAAAAGAAAAGCCGUUUUGAGUUCAUAGGCCCAUUGAUUACCAUAUGCCCUGCUGAUGAAAUUGUAUUUUGUGGAGCAGCUAGUACUUCCGGAGAGCUACUGAGCAUACUUACCAUCACCAAUACCAUUUCAACAAAUGUUGCGUAUAAGGUUAAGACGACAUCCCCAGAAAACUACAGAGUGCGCCCAAGCUCUGGUCUAGUGCCACCUGAAAAUAGUGUGGAAAUCAACAUUUAUUUGCAACCAGGCCACACUGAAAAUGUUAAUCGUGAUAAGUUCCUCAUUUUAUCGGCACUUGUGCCCGAGAAAGAAAAGUCAGCAGAUAUUGGCGCAAUUUGGAAACAAAUACCAAAAUCAAGUGUUUUAGAACACAGAUUGCGAUGCAGGUUCGAGGUCACCUCCAUGCCGGCACCAUACACUGACACUCACGAUUCAGGACCAAAAUCACCAAAACAUGAUGCAAAAAUUGAUCCACUUGAAAGUCUGAGAAAAAUUCUAGAAGAAAAAAUCAUAGAAGAUUUACAGGCAAAGGUUAACGAUUCGCAUUCAAGGAUAGUUACUUUGGAAAGAAACAUUCGAAUUAUCCUUUGUUUACUUUGUAUUAUAGUGGCAUUUGCAUUAACGUACGCUGUAUUAUCACCGAUUUUGAAAACUUAUACUUCCAAGUUUGAUCGAUUGUUAUAGUAAUGUAACCUAGCCUUUCAAAAUUGGAGGGUAUUCACGUGAUAUAUUUGUAAUGCCGAUGCGAAGAGCUAUCCAACUUAUCAUUAUAUAUUUUGUACGCAGUUUUUCUAAUCCCUAAAUGCAUGCUAACAGUCUAACUACCGACGUUGCUGUCGAAAUUUUUUUGUUGAAAUUGCGCGAAGCUGAACAUCUUUAUAACUAUAUACACAAAGCUACAGUGAAGAAAUUUUGAAAUAUUCAAUUGCCCGGUUUUCACUGUUGUUUUAAUAUAUUUCAUCCUUGUAUUUUCUUGUUAUCUGAAUUCGUUUUCAAACUAGAUCUGGUCAAAAGGCAUAAGCCUUCAAUUUGUUUGCGAUAUUUGUGUUGAUUGUAGAUUCUCAAUUUAAAACUUCUCAGUUAUUCAAAGCUCUACCUAAGCAGAAUUUGUUCCAAAUUUAUGUAGAUGCCUGUAUGUUUAUAAAUCUCAUCAAAAUGUAACUUAGAACGUAUAUGCAAUCUUUUAUCCACAUCAUUCGUUUUUAUUGCAACCAUGACAAUUUUUAUUAGCUUAUUUUUACUUUGCUACUUAGAUAUAUGAUUCCUUGUAUCAAAAACUAACCCAAAGAGAUUGAUAGCCUUUAAAGGCUCCUGCUUAGCGGUAGCUGACUUUUUACGCGUCAAGAAAUUGUAUUUUCAUGCAGUACGACCAAAGAUACUGGAAUAUCUUUGGCACGAUAUUAGGCCGGUUUUGAAAUUAUAAUAGCAAAGCUUGCCAGUUGCGCAGAAGAUUUUAAUUGGCAUGACUUCGACAGAUUCAGUUUUAAUAGCCAACAAGCAUAUCACUAUUAAUCAAAAUGAACUUGUUUGCCCCUGAUCAGAAAUUUUCGCUUUUUCUUUAGUUUUCUCCAAUAAUAGAUUGUCGGUAAUCAGAAAAAGUAUUUAAUUUUCUGAAAUCUUUGAUGUAGCAACUAAACACAGAAAUUAUUAAUGUUUUCACAUAUCUGAAGUUCGGUUUGACAUAAUACCAAUGUUUUCUACUGUAAGGCAACAUAGGUUUACUGUAUUUUGUCUCGUUAAAUUUUUUCGGUCACUCAAUUAUAUUAUAUCUUAUACUGCUAAGAUAUUAUUUUAUUAAUGUAUAUUUUAUUUAGUAGUUGAUUUGAAGUUCAAUGAAUGUUUUAAGUUAUUUUCAUCAUGGGAGAUUUUCGUCGUAUUUUUAUAAUAGUAUACAAUAUAACAAUAGAAUAA